UUUGUGUUUUCGAUCAUGCUCGCAGACGUGUGUUAAAUUUUGACCAGGAAUUAUCAUGUGCACCUAUUUGCUGAUUUUCUGUUUACUACUGGUGGCACAGCAAACAUCCUGUCUACCGACGCCGACCACCAUUGCUGCCAGCCACGCGAAGACCAACGAAUUCGUGGAGGACGUCAAGAAGAGCAUCCCACACUGGCCGAUGUCGGUCAAGUCAAAAUACGUCUCAGUGAUUCCGGACCAGAUUCCGGAGGCACCCCCCGAGCCGGAGAAGAACCAGCUGAUCCAAACGCGGUCCACAAAAAUCCUACCACCCGCCUCGCCAGACUUGGACAUAGCCGACUACAGCCUCCCGUUCAACCGCGGUAAGACCAUCUCCAGCGACCCGGCAGACAAGAGCUUUCAAUUCCCUGAAAUCCCGCCGCCAGAAGAUACGACCAUCCAUGAGUUUCGAGAGUCCAGCGGCGAGUCUGACGAAGAAAUCCUCACCCCUAGAUCUCUCCCUCCUCCAUCCCUAAACACGCAACAUAGCGAGGGUUUAAACCUGAAUCAAUUCCCUGCAGUUCAAGGUCAAACCAAUGACAUCCAGCCGAAGAAACAAGAGGAUGAUGUCUCAAUUUUAGACGGCCUAGAGGUUGAUGCGUCUGAAAAGAAGUUAUCGCCCGCCAGUGGGACCCCAUCAGUUUUCGAUGAAACUACGCUAACUGAUAAUAAAAGAGUUAACCGGUCUCCUGCAAACCGACCAGAUGACUCUAUUUCUGCUGAUACAAAUGUCCCUGAGAACUUCUCGAGGAAGAAUGCGAAAUCAAUACCCGAUGCAGCAAACGGGCAGACGGAUUUUCAGGAAGCAAUGAAGACGGAUUUUGAGGAAAGACAAAAUUUUACCAUUCCCAACCCGGAGAACGGCAUUCUUGACAGCCAAUCAAAUAACCUCCCUUCUCGCUCUCCUAAAAAUGGCACUGCACCUGUAGAAGUAAGCAACGAGUCUAAACCAAGCCAAGAGAACAUUUCUGUCUCUGAUAUUACGGACCAAAAAUCUUCAGAAAAUUCGGUCCCCCCAGUCUCUGAGUCCUCUGAAGGAGACGUAAUUUCAGAGGGAUUGAGCAAAAGCUUUGGAGCAAAUACAGAUUUUUCAGCUGCUAAAAUUCCCGACAAGUCGUCGACGGACAAUUCACCUGGAGACACGCUAAAAUCAAACGUAGCGUCAACCAUCAAAGAUACUAAUUUAAACUCUACAUCUUUCCAAGAUCCGUCGGUUCCUGGUGUUUUAAACAGUGUCGACAACAAUGAAAAUAUAAAUUCGCCCAAUCAACCGGCUUCGACAGAUUCGUUGACUAUUGGCUCCGCAGGAUCGCGAGGUAAAGAUUUUCAGGCUACGAGGCAUGAAUUUUCGGCUCCUCAAGUUUCCAGCAACCCAAAUGACGAUCUCUCAAACCAAAAUUCUCUUAAGAGCUCUGCACCUUCGGGUUUGACGCCUUCUCUGAAUCCGCCUGAUCCUGCAACCGGAAUCAUCAGUGACGCUGCCACUGAUUCAUCUGAUUUACUCACUUCAAAAAUUUCCACUAGCACCGAUGGUGUGGAAAACAAAGGUUCUCUUUUAACUGCUAUCUUGUCAGAUUUGAAUGGUGUUGACAAAAACCAAGUGAAAUUAAACGUCGAAGCUUCUGUCAAUUUACAAAAUUUGCCGGCCCCUCUAACUUCGAAUACCGCCACAGAAAUCGUAAAAGACAAGCAUUCUCCUGUAAAUGUUCUUUACUCAAAUCUGACACAUGCCAGCACUAAAUCUGAUCCUGCCAUCGAAACACACGUCCACCCUUCUCCUAUCGCACCAGACUUGUCGACAUCUGGAACUACGGACAGAACUAACGACCUCACAAAUCAAAGUAUCCCUAUAAAUCCUGUCUCCGCAGAGGUAAUACCCACUGAAGCUGUAUCUGAUCCCAUUGCCAAGUCAAGUGUCAGCAAUGCUUUUGACUCGUCAGACUUAGCUGCCUCAAUCAUCGCGAAUACAGAUAACCCUUCAAGUAAUAUUAUUCCUACAAGCGAUGCCUCCUUAGAGCAAAACUCUACUCGAUUAGAUUCCAUUGCCGCGUCCGGUGACAUCAUUAUCCCUAAGUCACCAGACUCUCCUGCUUCAGAUUUGACCGAUACUAAAAACCCUACAAACCAAAAGGACCCUGUGAGCGAAGUAUCCUUGGAAUUGAGACCUCCAAACAUUCGGUCUGAUCCUAUUACCGGGUCUGGUGUAAUCAUUUCUUCUAAUUCACAGGCGGAGUCUCCAACGGAGUCUAACGUGAGAGAUGGUGCCACGAAUACAGCUGCAAUGAAGAACAGUGGUUCGGAAACUGGGGAGCAAAGAGUCGUUGACAGUAUUGCGAGUGACCCUAAUGCAAGUAAUGGUUCAAAACAGCCUCAGGAAAAUCCAAAGGUGGGAGAAACGAUGAUCACACAAAUCAGUCCCACAUCCGUUAUUUCUGCGAAUGGGGAUCAAACGUCAAGUUCUGCUCACGUUCAAGUUGAACCGGCAACAGCGGUUUCAGACCAGAGAGCCUCGUCACCUGAUGUUCGCAUAAGUGAAAACAUCGGAGAGGCAUCAAGUAUUGGUUCAAGUCAGAUCGAGGAAGGCAUAAAAUCAGAUAAGAGGAUGGAUACACAAAUUAGUCCCGUUUCCGUCGUUUCUGCUAACGGAGAUCAAACGUCGAGUUCUGCUAACGUUCAAGUCGAGCCAGCGACAGGGAUUGCAGACCAAAAUACUUCUUCACCUGAUGCUCAUAGUCCCGUUUCCGUUGUUUCUGCUAACGGAAAUCAAACGUCGAGUUCUGCUAACGUUCAAGUCGAGCCAGCGACAGGGAUUGCAGACCAAAAUACUUCUUCACCUGAUGCUCAUAGUUCCGUUUCCGUUGUUUCUGCUAACGGAAAUCAAACGUCGAGUUCUGCUAACGUUCAAGUCGAGCCAGCGACAGGGAUUGCAGACCAAAAUACCUCUUCACCUGAUGCUCAAAAUCCCGUUUCCGUUGUUUCUGCUAACGGAGAUCAAACGUCGAGUUCUACCAACGUUCAAGUCGAGCCAGCGACAGGGAUUGCAGACCAAUAUACCUCCUCACCUGAUGCUCAUCCAAGUGAGAAUACUAUGCCAGCUUCAAGCAAUGGUUCUGAUCAGCAUCAAGAAAGUCCAAAAUCAGGAGAACAAGUGAACGCGCAAAGCAAUCUUAUACCUAAUAUUUCUACCAAUGGGGAUCAGAUACAGAGUUCUACUCGAGUUCAAAUCGAGCGAGAGACAGGGGCUCAAGAGCAGAGCGCCUCGUCCCCCAAUGUUCACUUGAGUCAGAAUAGUGGACCAACUUCAAGCAUUUCCAAAACCGACUCCCUCAAAGAUUCAAAUUACCCUGGAGGAAUCGCCUCCUCACACUCAGCAACUGAUGACGCGAAUACCAAUCUCGCUAUGGUGGGUACGUCCGCUGAUCAAAAGGAUUCCCCAGCCUCUAAGGUUCCAGACAUCACUGGAAACACGUUUUUGGGUGAAAAAGCCCUUGCCUCUACCGUUACUGCACCUGCUGACACGGAUACCGGUCCACUAAAGGGGCUACAGACUAACAAUCUUGCUAUUUCCAAAACUUCGCCUGGAGGAGAAUCGAUUAGCAAUACUAAUAAUACCACAAACAAGAUUUCACUUGAAAACACAAAACCACUAGAAACACCGUCCACUGAGAAAGCUACAAAUCCUGUGGGAAAAGCCGAUACAUUUGGAACUAAUUUAAAAGAUAUUCCUGGCACUAAUCUUCCGGCUAGCAGUAUUGGCAACCACCAAAACCAAAAUUACCCUACAUCUAUGGCCUCUUCCAACUUAAAGCCAGGUACGGAGGCUAUGAGCAUCAACCCAGAAAGUAAUCAACCAGAUAAUUCAAGUUCCAAACCCUUGACCGUCAGUACGAGCGACCUCAAACAGCAACAUCUGCCCAUUAAUACCGUUUCCUCAAGCUUAACAUCGAGUGUGCCGGGUGGAAGUUCCACAGGGUUAAGCAAAGACGCUGAGGCUAAUCAAGGAGUUACUCAAGUGUCAGUGCCUCAUAACAGCCUCGCGGGUAACCUCCCGAGUCAGAAUGUCAUUCCUAACGGGAAUCCCAUUGCUCCUGAAUUCCAAAAUGGGGAUCCUCAUUUUACGGGACAGAAUAAUAAACUCGCAGAAAAUCAGAGGUUCCCAGUUGCGGCACCAGAUCAAGGCGUCCAAAAAUUGCCUCCUCCGAUAAACCCCCCUACGGUCUCCCAAACAGUCAACACUUAUACCCCACCCACCAAAAUAAUCUCACCUAUAGACUUCCCGACCGAAGUGGGCGAGGUUGACAUACCGGACGUUGAUGCCCCUAAAGAGACUAACAUCAGAGGCGCUAGUGCGGAUGACGGCAUAGAAAGCGGUUUGACGGAACUGACAGAAUUCCAAACGCCCGCGGUUGAGACUUUAACAAAAACAACAGCCAAAAAUCAAGACAACGCACUAUCGAAUCAACAGCCAACCGAGUCGAGCAAUUCUCAAAGACUUCAAAACCAACCAGCGGCCUCCACAGGACUCAACGCGAGAGAGAAUGCCACAAAUGCCAUUGCAACGGACACAAACAUCACGAAUGCCGGUGAUCAGAAACCAGCUCAAAGCAUCCCGAGUGGUCCAAAUUCAGGCACUGGUUCGAAUCAGGUUCAAGAGACACCGAGCACACAAACCAAUCCUAUAUCCGUCAUCUCUGCUAACGGGGAUCAAAUUCCAAGUUCUGCUCACGUCCAAGUUGAGCCAGCAACAGGGGUUCCAGACCAGGCUACUUCGCCACCCUAUGAUCAGCUGAGUCAGAAUACCAUUCCAACGUCUAAUUUUCAACCUGGUGGUCAAAAUACCGCACCACUUCCUUAUGCGCGUCCAGACGGAGCUGCAACGCCGUUUCCACAAAGUGUGAUGCAACCUGCCACAAACCCGUACCAGACUACUUUGCCACCCGAUGGUCACCUGAGUCAAAAUAUCAUUCCAACUUCUGAUUUUCAACCUGGUGGUCAAAAUACCGCACCAUUUCCUUAUGCGCGUCCGGACGGAGCUGCAACGCCGUUCCCACAAAGUGUGAUGCAACCUGCCACAAACCCGUAUCAACCCCAAACAAAUAACCCAUCAAUAGUCCCGACGCCCGCUUUGAUCCAUAAGAUCAUGCGACUUGCAGGCCUCUCGCACAAGCCGGGCAAAUGCGUCAUUGUCAUCAGUCGGCGACCGAUUCAACCCUCACCAUAUCGACCUCCGCCGAUUUGGUCGGGAUCCUUCAAUCCCUCGAGGGACGCGUUCGACUUUCGACCGGCACCAAACCCUCGUUAUGCGAUGCCUUCGCGGUUCUAUGGACCUUCACCAAUGGCCUCCUCGUCCACCAGUCCUUACUUCAGGCCGAUGAUGUAUCAACCGCCAUCUCCCGUGUAUAAUCCACGACCCAACCGAGGGCCCCUCUCCUUCUUGUUCAGAUAAAAGUGUUGAGGAGACUCAAAAUGCGCUGACGUUGCAACUCGAGAGGGAUUAUAAUGCGGAGAAUGGAGAAUUUGCACAAGUCUAAAAUUGGAUGAAUUUCGUGUUUAAGUAGAAACUGCUGGGUAAACUGAACACGAGGCUACCCUUAGUUUGUAAAUUGACUAAUUAGUAGAGGAGACGUGACAAAAUGAUCUAAUCUGCUAAAAUGCAUGUGUUUAAAUGGGAAAAACCGCCAGGGGGCGUCACCAGGCGGUCCAUUUUCUCACUUUCAGUCUAUUUCAUACUAUUUCUUAUAUCAGAAAAAAAUUAUAAAAAUACUGCAAAAUCAGCCCUUUAAGCACUCUCAGUUGAAGCAAUAAAAAAUUUGCUUGCGAAUUCUCCAUUCAGUUCGUAACAAGGGUAAAACGGAACCUGUGAUGCCUUGCAGUGGGAGAGGCUAAAAUGCAUUUGUUGAAAUGUUUUGGAGGGGGAUAGGGGAAAUAGUAAAUAUUUGUUACCAAAGUAUGCAUUUCCAGCAACGUUGACUUUCUUGGUUACAGCAAGUAGGAAUUAUUUGUAACUAAGCUAUACCUACAUGUCUAUUGGUGUUUCCUGGGUACCUUGAAUUCUACCUCUCCAACUCGAUGAUUCGUUUUAUCUUUGGAAUUCAUUUAUGGUGGCUAUAGGUUCUUCCUUAGAAAAUGUGUACUUAUCUACACCUUACAUGGCCAAGUUUAAUUAUUUUGGUUUGAUUGGAGUCAAAUAUUUUCUUGUAAUGACAAAUAUUUACACCUCUCUCAUUCCCCAGAUUUGAUUGCCCCGUGUUGAUAGGUAAGGUGAAAAACAGACAGGUCAUAGGUUAUUCAUACUGAGAAAAUAAGAUGAGACACUUGUAAUUAUGAUAAAAAUCGUAGCGAUUGAGGAAAUGAUAUAGAAUUUGAACGGAGAGACGGAGAUCAUUGCGAUGUUGCUAAGUUUAUAAAAUGUCUUAAGGCUUUAAAAAAACUUGAACUUUAAAGAGUCUCUACAUACAACCUAAAAAAUAAAAAUAAAUCAGGUAUGUGUUUAUCAGAAAAAAACAUGAAUUAAAUCGGCAAAUUACCAAGUAAAUAAUAUUUUUUGAAUCAUUUUUAGUUUACCUACCCUACCUACUUCAUUUUAAAAAGAGGACUUGCUUAGUUCCCGAAACGUCGUGAUACUUUUGGUUCUUUAAGUAAUCACAACACUUCAGCUGUUUGGUUGAGUUAUUAUAAAUCUGAAGGCUGUGUUUGAGCAUUAAAAAGAAAAUAAUAUCACCAGAAGUCUACACCCUGCCACGUCUCUUAGAGGCUCCACAUCACAUCUCUCUAUCAACAACAUUAGCCUUUGAUCUCAUUCAUGGUCCCUCUAAUAACUCUGAAGUUUCUUAAAACAUGUCUUCCUGUACUUGAAGAGGCUAUGAAGCUUCUUAAAUUAAUGGAGCAUCUGGCUCUAACUUUGGGAGUUGAAUCCUCAGAGGUUUGUACUAAGCCUUUCCAUAAAUUGUCACAUUUUUUGUAUUAAAAAAUUAUGCUCAUUGAGAAUUGGAGUCAAGCCAUAAGGUGUCUUCCUGUUUAUGAUACACGAACAAAGUUAUGGAUAUUUUUUUAAGAAUACAGAAAUAUUUAGCUAAAGAUGCAUAUUUCAUUUUUUAUUACUAUAUAAGAGCUAAUGCAUGAUAAAUAGAUGCAAUAUGCGGAUAAACAACUUUUUGAUAUUUUUUUUUAAUUGAGGGAUAUUUGUAAAAAUACUUUAGAAAAUUAAGGUAAUGAUUUUAUGAUACUAGGCUCCGAGGCCUGAAAGCAAUAUUGCUUCUGGAACUUACGAAGUUCCGAAUACUGAAAUUCUAAAGCUGCAAUUUCUUCUAGGACAGUGCCCAUCCUACCAUGGGUACAAAGAUUCUUGACUAAGCUCUGAGAGAUUUGAAUAGAAGAUUUGGUAGAGGUUUGAUAGGCAGUAGGUCUAAAUUAUAUCAUUUUUAAAAAUGUACAGUUACCUUCUUUCAAGAUUUUGUAAAAUAAAAUGAAAAUUUAUGACAUUAUUUUUUUUACCUUUUUUUUUUUCUUUUUUAGUCUCAUCAAUUAAUUGGUAAGUAAAUGCUCCUGUAUAACCUGAAAUUUAUCAGUGAAGUCCAGGUUGUGUUUUUCUUUUUUGUUAAAAUUUUGAAGAAGAAACGAGAGAAUGAUAACUAAAUUCAGGUCUGGUCUGCUAGUUACUUUUUUUUGGUUUAUACACCAUAGAACAGUGAUAAAUUUGAGCCAUCCUCUGCAAAAAUCAGUAUAUUCUAGGAAUAUUUUCGACAAGAUGAUGAAAUUUAUUUGAAAAUAUUCUAGGGACUAUAUUUUGGCUGACAUCAGAAUAUUCUUAGGAAGACAGAAUACAGAUAUUAUCAUAGACAUGUUCAAGUCUAAGUCAAGUCGAAGUUUGCCUAAAACUUACUUCAUGUUGACUAUGCGUUGCGACUAAAUGUCCUUCUUUCAGCUCUCGCAAAUCACAUUUUAUGCGGUGGUAAAUUUUCUUUUGGAAUUUGGCAUCGUGAAUAAAGUUUAUCAUGUUUUCUCAACAGAA